AUGCCCCUCCACAGCACCUUCAUCAAAGGCAACAGCGUCAUGCUAAACCUAGCUGACGACUCACGUUCUCCCGUGGGUGCUCGCAAUGGCGACUUUAUCUUUGAACAUCGCGUGUAUUCAGGCGACGGUUGGACCGACUUGAAUAUCAUUGUAAAACAGUAUCACACAGAAGCCGAAAUUGAGCGAGAGCAUGCCGCUCUAUUGCAGACCGGCCACACCCCGUACAACGCUGAAAGUCUCGCGAGAUUCGCUGUCGCCGACCAGCUCACCUAUCUCCUCCCGGAGCCGCGCAACAUCAGGAUGCUUCGAGAGUGCUAUCCUACUCGCCUUUUCUGCAUCAAGCCUCGGGUUGUAAUCCCGCCUAGGUUCUUACGACGCGGUUCUCCCCCGAUCAUCAAUAACCACGAGCCGAUGGUCAAUGACGAAGUAGACGUCGAACCGCGGGCUACCUCUCCUCUAUGUGCCGAACCAACUCUGGUGGAGGACAACAUCGAGGACGAGGACGACAUCGAGUAUGUGCGUUCCAGCAGCGCCGAUCUCCCUCCUCUCGCCGUACUCAUUGACCGCAUCAUGCGCGAGAGGAGGGAGCAGAACACAAUUAUCAUCGACGACUCGGACGACUCGGACGCGCCUGAUGCACGUCCUGUGAAGCGCCUCCGAGGAUCAACUUCUGAUGAUGCCGAAGAUCGUCGGGGCAUGGUGGACGCCCAUCUGUUUGACGUUUUCGCCUCAGCUCCACCUCGCCAUGUGUCGCUGCCACCCCACAACCAGCUUGUCAUUGCCGCUCAAAACAUAUUGCGGACCGAAUUUGGUGAUCUCGAGCCCAUCGAGGAGACGUCUGACGUCAAUGUCUCCAAUGCCUGA